AUGGAUAACCCUACGCCCCCGUUGCCAACUGUCCGCCCGCCCGGCUUCGAAGGGACGAGGGAACAAACAACUAUCCGAAAAGCCCUUCGUUCUCUUAUACCUAAAAUUCAUAGGCUCAGUCAACGUGCAAAUGUUGUGAUUGCGUUCGCUAUUGAGAGAGGUCCCAACGACUGGGUCUGCGCAGUGAAUACUCCACAAGGUGCCGCAGUUCCCGAUUUCAAUCUAAUUUUCGGAAAUCAUUUACGUCAGGAGGGGAUGGCGGAACAGGGCGGGAUGGCGGAACAGGGCGGGAUGGCGGAACAGGGCGGGAUGGCGGAACAGGGCGGGAUGGCGGAACAGGGCGGGAUGGCGGAACAGGGCGGGGUGGCGGAACAGGGCGGGAUGGCGGAACAAAGCCGGAUGAUAGAACAGGACUGGUUAACAGUGGUAGACGGGAUGACAGAACUGAACAUGAUGGCAGAACAGGGCGUGCCCGCUUCUUGGGCUUCGUUCCUAUGUGUGAACCGUUUAUUAUUCGUCAUCGGGGCAGGUGUAUAUCUUGUGGAUGCUGAAUCGGAAAAGCUUGUGAUCAAUAGACAAAGAUAUACCGGUAGUAUUAAUACACCACCAGCGUCUUGCGUCAUUUGCUUGGGAGGAAACGGCCCAAGGGGACGGCGACUUUGCCCAGUGGAUUCAAACAGGAUCCUAGCACCAAGCUCCGCUGUGACAGGGCAAAGAAGUCCAUAA